UUCGCGUUUAUAUUAGCAAAAUCCAACCUCUACCAAACCAAAUAUCAAUCUAUUUUUUGAAAUCCAACGUUGAAAACCACACGAGUAGUAGAUGCAUGCAAAUGCAUAAUAUUUUAUACCAAAAACCAAAGCACAUGCAAAUUGCUUUAAACCAACCAUAACUAAAACUUGACUCAAAACUUAUCUACCAUAGCCAUGUUAGCACCAAAUCCCAUACAAAAUGAUGGUAUUUCUCUUCCGAAAUACGAUCGUGGAGUUGAACAAUGCCAGGAAGACAAGCAUUUCCCCUCUUGAUACCCCAACUCUCACUACUAUUCCUUCUUCAGCUUUGUUUGCUUCUCUCACCUGCAGUUUCUGCUCCAAUCGGAAUAUGCUACGGCCGCGUGGCCAAUAAUCUCCCACCAACAAACGACGUCGUCAAACUCCUCCAAUCAAAUGGCGUAACUAACGUCCGCCUCUUUAACACCGACUCCGCCGUACUCCGAUCCUUUACCGGCACCGGAAUUAAACUAAUGAUCGGCGUCCCCAACGAAAUCCUCCCCUUCCUCGCAACAUCUCCGCAGUCCGCCGCCAUGGACUGGCUCCGGUCCAACAUCUUCAACCACAUUUCCGCCGAUCAAGUGCGAUACAUCGCCGUAGGCAACGAGGUUUUCUUAAAAGACUCCUUCUACGCCCCUCAUCUCAUCCCCACCAUUCUCAAUCUCCACCAAGCUCUCCAAACCCUUGGUUUUGCCGAUUCCAUCAAGCUAUCCUCGCCGCAAGCUGCGUCUGUACUCUCCAAAUCGUAUCCGCCGUCCUCCGCUUCCUUCGACCCCUCCCUCCGUUUCGCCAUAGUUCCUCUCCUCCAGUUCCUGACCGAUACCGGGUCGCCGUUCAUGGUCAAUCUCUACCCCUACUUCAGCUAUAUCAACAGUAAACCGGAGGAGGUUUCGUUGGAUUACGCUCUGUUCAGACCUGAACCUGGCCGUACGGUUCGAGACGGUGCGUAUGAGUACAGUAAUGUGUAUGAUGCGAGUAUCGAUGCGUUGGUGUAUGCGAUGGAGAAGGAAGGGUUUGGAGGAGUGACGGUGGCGGUGACGGAGACCGGGUGGCCGACGAGUGGAGGUGAAGCGGCGAAUGUCGAUAACGCGGCGGUGUAUAAUGGGAACGUGGUGGCGCGUGCGAUGAGAAACGCCGGAACUCCUAGGAGACCUGGCGUGGGAGUGGAGGUUUACUUGUUUGAUCUAUUUGACGAGAAUGGAAAAGUUGGGGAGGAGUUUGAGAAACAUUUUGGGAUUUUUGGGCUUGAUGGGGUUAAGGCUUAUGGGCUGGAUUUCAACUGAGGAAAGCCCAAGCCUAAGCCCAAGCCCAAACAUUAAGAGAAAUGUGGUUCGCUUUUUAGAAUACAACUUAUUUUGGAUUAAAAGAAGGGAUAAAAAAAAUGUUAGUUUGUGUAUGAUUUUUCUUUAGCUUACAAGUGCAAUUUAGGGUCAGCUUUAUAAAAUUGCUUUGCGUUAGAGAUUGGGUGGAAUUAUAGUAGAGUGAUUUCAAUUUUAUUAAAUAAAUGAUUGAAAUUUAUAUAUUAAU